UAGCGGAUCUUCCGAACUCAGGGAUCAAACCCAGGUCUCCUCCGUUGCAGGUGGAUUCUUGACUGUCAGAGAGCUUAACACAAAUCACAUUAUUAGACUAUCCUGUGGCCACAGCCAGAGUGGGUAACCAGUGACACUCAUAUCAGGCAGGACAUGCCAGGAACAUAAAGAUCACCUCCUGCUCUCUCAUCGCGCGGCAUGCCUUCAAGAUGGCGCCGAAGAAAGACAAGAAGCCUAAGAAGUCAACCUGGAAGUUUAAUUUGGAUCUUACUCAUCCAGUAGAAGAUGGACUUUUUGAUUCUGGAAAUUUUGAACAGUUUCUGCAGGAGAAGGUUAAAGUGAAUGGAAAAACUGGAAAUCUUGGAAACGUCGUUCACAUUGAACACUUCAAGAAUAAAAUCAUAGUCGUUUCUGAGAAACAGUUCUCUAAAAGGUAUUUGAAGUACCUUACCAAGAAAUAUCUUAAAAAGAACAAUCUUCAUGAUUGGCUUUGUGUGGUUGCAUCUGACAAGGAGACCUAUGAGCUUCGUUACUUCCAGAUUAGUCAAGAUGAAGAUGAAUCUGAGUCUGAGGACUAGAUGAUGCCAUCCUUUAUAGGGCUUUGCUUGCUAAUAAAACACAUUAAGCAUACAAAAGAAAGAAACAUCUUGAAAUGGACCUUUAGCUUAUCGGUGAAUAAAAAACAUUACUCUGUA